GGGAGGAGUCAGAGUUGCUGUUUACAUCCCCUUAACUUUACACAGACGCCUUCGAUUAGAGACGCAGAUUAUUGCAACACUCACCAAUACUGCUGCAAGAUGCACUGCUAUGGGGAACUAAUCAACUAUCUCAGCUGUGGGUUGAUCCUGACAGGACUGGGGCAUCUGGUCCAUCACAGGAAAACCCAGACUUCCUAUGGGCGCCAUAUGAGACUCUCUCCUCUGACUAGGAUGGUCCCAGCCAGACUAGCCUGGUUCCUUCAGGAGAUGCCGGCUCUCCUGAUCCCCCUACUUCUGACACUCACCUCGGACAAACCCUCCAGCAUGGGGAAGACACUACUGCUUGGGACCUUUUGCAUGCACUACUUUCAAAGGACAUUUGUCUAUUCGCUACGGACCAGAGGAAAGCCUUUCCCACUGGGUGUGAUGAUGACAGCAGGUUUCUUCUGCUCUCUGAAUGGUUUCCUGCAGGGACACUACCUGCUGCACUGUGCUCAGUUCAAUGAUGAGUGGUCAGCUGACUAUCGCUUUAAAACUGGUUUAGUACUGUUUUACGUCGGAAUGGCCAUCAAUAUACACAGUGACUAUAUUCUACGUAACCUGAGGAAACCAGGAGAAGUAAUAUACAAGAUUCCUACAGGAGGUCUUUUUGAAUAUGUGUCUGGUGCCAACUACUUAGGAGAGAUUGUGGAGUGGUUUGGCUAUGCAGUAGCCACCUGGGCCCUUCCAGCACUCUCAUUUGCUGUGUUUAGCCUCUGUUUCAUUGGACCAAGAGCCUAUUACCAUCACAGGUUUUAUCAGGAGAAAUUCAAAGACUAUCCCAAGUUACGAAAGGCGUUGAUUCCAUUCAUCCUCUGAGAAAAAGCACCUCGCCAUCAUCUUAUAAGGACAGACAACAACUGUGUACCCUGUGGACCUAAUAGCAGAAGACUAGUGCAGUUUUGACACUCCUAUUGUUGUAUUUUUAAUCAGACAUCACACUCAUUUUACUGCACAAGAAUCUGUUAUGAUUUUGCUUGUCAUUACUGUGUAGACUUUCAUAUGCUCUUACACUCAACUUCACAUUAAAACCAUGUUAUUUUUUCUUUGGUAAGACAGGUCAAGGAACAUGAUUCAUGCAUGGAAAAAUUACUCAUACCAGGAGGGUUGCUAGUGUACAACUGAGCGGAUCAUGGCAUUCGGAUGAAACUGCCUAUGAAGCCAGUUGAGCCAGUCAUUGUAGGUUAGCCUGAGCAGAUGCAGGGUAGAUACAUAAAGCUGGGUCAAGCUGCCAAGUAUCUACUCUUUGUUUGGUGAGGGAAGGAUCAGAGGCAACUUUAAGUUAGGUCAGGACGAUAGUGUCACCUGGCUCAGUAGAUUUAUGAUGGCAAAG